AUGGCUUCGGAGCAAGACUCCGCAAACGCGACUGCGACCGUCGCCACCUCAGACACUACUGCUCGUCUCUCAACCCCGCCAGAAGGCAUGUCCGACGGAGAGCGAGAGCGAACCACAAGGGAAAAGCUGAAAAAGACAUCAAUUGCUGGGCUGUCCCAACACUCUCGGGCUGGCAAUAACUCUGCUGCAGGCAGUGAACCGGAUGCGUUAAUUGUCCCAGAAAACCCCUCCGAAAAUGGUGGAUCUCGAGGACGGCCAUCUAAGAAACGGUCUUUCGAGGAGCUGGCCAAGCAGGAGCCGAGUAGUCCAGUCGAGAAUGGCACGGUGGAUACUCUACGUAUUGGUCACAAGAGGAUGCGUUCGAGGGAGGUUCCCCACGAUGCUAACCUGGCAGCUGAGUACCACCAGCCAAGUGACGUGCAAGAAGAGAGCGAUGAAGACGCUAAGAAAUCUCCCGGAGGCCCUGGUAUCCUUGUUGCUUCAACAGAGGGCGACACAGACAGCCAGGCUACGCUCGAAGGACGAAGCAAGUCACACGAGCACAAGCGAGCGCCUAAUGAGUCUACGACAAGCACUGGUGCAGGGUCUGUUGAUUCGAACACAGCUGUGCAGGACCCUAGCGCAAGUCAAACCCAGGGGUCGGCCACUGGCGGGUCGUUCAAGUCGACGUUGGCCCCCAGCUCGGGGUUCACAAACACAUCCUCUGCAUCACCCUUUGGAGCUGUACGAUCACCACCAGCAUCGGACGCAGAGGGCAAGUCACCAUCCAUAACUUCUCCUUCUGCAUUCGCUACCUCCGGUCUGUCCGCAUUUGCUGGCCAGGACAAGUCCCCCUUUGGUGCGGCCGCGACAGCAAAAGCCGCAGGCGGUUUCGGCGGCAGCGGCACUUCAGGAUUUGGUGGGGUUAGCUCUGGGCUUGGGGGAGGGUUCGGAGGAGGUUCGUCAGCCUCGAGCUUCGGUGUCGGUCCUUCGCCCUUCGGUGCCAAGAGUAGCUUCGGCGGGGGAACAUUUGCCUCGUCGACCGCCGGUGGGUUUGGUACCACUGGAACAGGUUUCGGUGGCGGCGCUGCGCCGAAACCAUUUGGCGGACCCCCAGCUCGUUUCGGUUCCAAGAGCAAGAACGACGAUGAGGCCGAGGCCAGUGAUGCAGAGGACGUCAAAGAUCAGCACGACGAGCGAGAGGAAGAGAAACAAGACAGCCGCUUCCACAAGCAGGAUUUGGAAACCGGUGAAGAGGGUGAGGAGACCAUCUUUAAUGCUCGAGCGAAACUGUACCAUUUUGAGAAGGAGUGGAAAGAGCGAGGUACCGGAGUCCUCAAGGUCAAUGUGCGGCAAGAGGUCCAAGCCGCGGCCUCGGACGCGGAAGCCGAUGCCGAAAACGGAGAAUCAGCCAAGAUUGUACUGAGGGCACGGGUGAUUAUGCGAGCCGAUGGCGUACACCGUGUGAUCUUGAACAGCCCCGUUUUCAAGGAAAUGAAGGUUGGCACGGAAUCCGGCGAGACGCCCACCAGCAAGACUAUGUUCUUGACUGGAAUGGAUGACGGCAAUCCCAGACUCUUCCAGAUCAAGAUGGGCAAAGAGGAGACGCUGAAGGAGCUAUACCAGCGAAUCAUCGAAUUCAAAGAGGAAUUGUGA